AAGAUUACCGGCAUCGGCCUCGACGACCUCAAGAAAAGAAUGGCCAGAAGCAAAGAACUCGUCCCCGGCAUCGGUCGCCUCUCCCGUUCUCAGGUCGCCGCUAAACGUGGUCUCUACAAGGGACUCAAAAAAUCAGAAAACCCCGCAACAGAAGCCUCUGCCGCUCACGUCGAAAAGUCCGUUGGAGGUGACAAAAACAACGGCAAACGUCUUGUCCCUACAGUAAAAGCACCUCGUUACUACCCAGCUGAGGACGUACGCCAACCCAAGAAGAGCCGUAAAUCUCCCAAACCCGCCUCCAUUCGCUCUUCCAUUACUCCCGGAACCAUCCUGAUCUUGUUGGCGGGCCGUUACAGGGGGAAGAGGGUGGUUUUCCUGAAGCAGCUGGAGAGCGGGCUGCUACUUGUGACUGGACCCUUCAAGAUUAACGGUGUUCCCCUGCGACGCGUUAACCAGGCCUACGUUAUUGCCACUUCAACCAAGGUCGAUCUUUCCGAGGUCAAGGUUGAGGAAAAGAUCAACGACGCCUACUUUACCAAAGUCGUCGUGAAGGGCUCGCACUCAGCAGAGGAGGAGUUUUUCGAAGAGGGCAAGCCUAAAGCUAAGGAGCCCCUUCCCGCAACGAGAACCGCAGAGCAGAAGGAGGUGGACAAGGCGUUGAUCAGUGCGAUCAAGAAGACCGAGAACCUCGCUAAAUACCUCAAAGCCAGCUGGGGUCUUUCGAAGGGUCAAUUCGCUCAUCAGCUUGUGUUCUAAAUGAGAAGUUGGGGGGCAGCAUAGGAUGUGCACGGCUAUGGAUACAUAUAUGUUAUGCUACAUGAGAUAUACGCCAUUUUUUUCGCGCAAUCGGCGGGCACCAUAUGUAUCAGACUUCGGAAUUUGAAGGCCAGAUCCUGGCAAUAAACUUC